UGACGUUGAAAUCUGAAGUUGGGUUAGAUUUGGUGUUCCACAAAGACGAAAAUAACAAAUACACGUUCAAAUCCGCGAAUGGUGCCAAUUUAGAACAUAGGUGGCGUUUAAAGUAUAAAGAUAUGUCGCUGCAGCGAUUGACAGCGCUUCGAGCGCUGAUGGCGAGCCAGCCAUCCGCUCUGGCCGCAUACAUCGUACCCACAGCUGAUGCGCACAAUUCCGAAUACAUAUCACCAGUGGACGCGCGGAGAGAAUGGCUGUCCGGGUUCACCGGCUCAGCCGGUACCGCUGUCGUCACGAGCGCGAACGCUUUAGUUUGGACUGACGGCAGAUACUACACGCAGUUCGAAAAGGAAGCCGAUCUGACCACGUGGACCUUAAUGAAGCAAUCAUUACCAGAAACACCGAGUAUGGAGAAAUGGUUGGCGUCGAACCUUCUAGCCGGUUCCAUAGUGGGGGUCGAUCCGAAGACUAUGACAAGGGAGGAAUGGACCCCAUUGCAGAUGGCGUUAACCAAAGCAAAAAUGCAAUUGGUAGCCGUUGACAAAAACCUGGUGGACCAGGCGAGGGUGCAGCUAAACGAGCCCCCCCCAGAGCGACCGCACAACGUUAUUAUGCAUCUACCUUUACAGUAUACAGGUAAAACAGCUGGUCAAAAAAUAACAGAGUUGCGAGAGGCUAUGGCGGAGAAGAAAUCGUCAGCUCUCGUUGUUACCGCCUUAGAUGAAAUUGCGUACACAUUGAACCUGCGUGGAAGUGACAUAGACUAUAAUCCGGUAUUUUUCUCCUACUUGCUCAUAACCCCCACUUCUGUGGUACUGUUCUGGCAUUUGGGUCAAAUACCGGAAGGGGUAGCUGCGAGCUUACGUGAUGAAGGGGUAGAGAUUGAGGGUAAACCUUACGAUGAGAUAGUACCUACGCUGAGGAGAUUCGCUAGGGAGCUAUCGGAGAACGGUGACGGAGAACAUUCCAUUUGGCUGUCCGGGGAAGCGAGCGAAGCCAUCCACAGAGCUGCUUCCGGUGAAGGCUAUCUGAAGAAACCUCUCAACCUAGUAUCUGAAGUCUCACCGGUCGCUUUGGCUAAGUUAAUUAAAAACGAUGUCGAACUGGAGGGUUUCCGCCAGUGCCACAUCAGAGACGGCAUAGCGGUGGUGAGAUUCUUUAGAUGGCUUCACUCUCAAGUCGAUGCGGGUAACAAUAUCACCGAGAUCCAAGCGGCCGAUAAACUUUUGGAGUUCCGCAAAGAUGAGAAAGACUUCAUGGGUCCAUCGUUCGAGACAAUCCCGGGUGCGGGUGAGAACGGCGCCAUAAUCCACUACAGCCCGUCCCGGGACGGACCCCAGAGGGACAUCCGGUCCAAGGACAUGUUCCUACUGGACUCGGGGGGACAAUACAAGGACGGUACCACAGACAUAACCCGUACGAGGCAUAUGGGUCAGCCGGAACGUUUGCAACAGGACUCCUUCACCCGUGUCCUCAAGGGACAGAUUGCUGUGGGCAGCGCUUUGUACCCUAAGGGGGUGAAGGGCAACGUGCUGGACAGUCUGGCGCGCAAAGCUCUAUGGGACGUUGGGCUUGACUACGCGCACGGCACCGGACACGGCGUUGGACACUUCCUGAACGUCCACGAAGGUCCGGCCGGGGUGUCCUGGCGACCCUACCCGCACGACCCCGGACUAAAGCCCGGACAGAUCCUUAGCAACGAACCCGGUUAUUACAAAGUCGGUGAAUACGGCAUUAGGCAUGAAGACUUGGUCGAGACAAUUGCUGUGACUAAGGAUACAAAACAUCAUAGGGCAGCUGGCUUGCUCGGUGAUUAUGACGGGCGUGGCGUGUUGGGUUUCAACACCAUAACUUUGGUGCCGCAUCACAAAAUGUGUAUCAGUGAGGAACUCCUGACUGAUUUUGAGUUAAACUAUCUGAACGCGUACCACGAGAGAGUCUUCCAAACUCUGGGACCCAUUUUGAUGGAACGCAGACUGAGAGAAGACUACGUAUGGCUAGAGAAGGAAUGUUCACCAAUUAUGAGAGCCUGAACUAAUUUUGGUGAAGUUGCAACGAUUUUUUCAAAACGUUGUAUGAAAACAUAAUACUGUAGUUUUGCUCCACUGUACAUACAUUAUGCUAUUUACUUAUUUAACCUUUAUGUAAUAAAAAUAUAUGUUACGGUA